UGCUCCUGGUCAAUAAAGGUCAAUAAAGGUCAUAUAUACUUAGUGUUUAAACUAUUUAAGACAAACCUUUAUCAGUUUAACGGUUCUCCCUUACUUUCAGAUCACCUGUUAGUAGUGAAAGGUCAACUAUAAGCACUAAAAGCCAUGAAGAACAUGUGGAUGGGCAUCAUUUGUGCCGUGUGUAUCGGUGUUGCAAUUGGGAUGACAACGAAACCAGCCGGUUCAAUGCUGCCAUCUGGUGCUGUUUUGGACAGAUUGGUAAACGAGAGUUUUAAGAACGUUGACAGUGACCAGGAUGGUCUAAUUGAGCCUUACGAGUUCGACACAUUGAUUAUUGUAGCUGACAAGGACGAUGACGGGUGCAUGACACUUGCGGAGUACAAGAAUUUCUCGGCAGGUACACCUGCAAUUGCCACGAUGAUUUACAAGCACUUUGACACAGACAAUACUGAUUGCCUCCAGGUGAACGACGUGUAUGAUCAGUUUAAUUUAAUGGACUCCGACCAUAGCAACACUGUAACACUGCGUGAGUUUGAAAGCUACUAUGUUAAGUUACUCCAUACGUUGUUCAACACGGCAACUGUUGGUUAGACAACAGUACUAUAGAAGCAUUUCUUUUCGUUUGAUUUGACGAGAGUGAAAAUAUUUGAAAAGUUAUUUUUUUUAAUAUGCCACGACAGACGAGUGAAAAAAAACUUCUACAAAUGAGAGAAAUAAAAACAUAGCAGCAGUAAAUGCUCCCUCUUUGUUGUCAAUUAUAUUAUAUCCUUUUUGUGCGGAAAUCUUUAUGUAUUUCAAGAUAAUAUACUGAAAGGAUGAUUCGUUUUCUGUAUACAAUCGCUUAUUUUACAAGACAAAAUAAUUAUUGAAAAUCAACUUUAAAAAGUCAGCUAUAUCUACACAUAUAUUACUUGUAUGAUUUAAAAAAAAAGUUAUUGUUAGAGCCUGAUAUGCUAAAUUUGCAGUAAAUAUUUAAAAAUAACCCUUUGAAUGUUUGGAACGAGUUCUUAAUUAUUCUUUUAUAUGUCAAUAUAGAUGAUGCUUAUAAAUGGCGGAUAAUUUGUGAGCAAA